CACAGACUUGUACUAGGAGCAAACCGAUGUCAGGAAUCAGGAUCUUUGCCGAUGCAUUUAAUUUCGCCAGCGGUCGGCGUAUCGCAGCACGACCGCCUGGUGCUGGGCUGACAUUGUCAGCAGGUAGAUUGUUUUUGUUUAUUAUUAUUUUCGUGCGAACUUACUCUAGUUAAGUAACUAGUAAAGUUAAUCUACCCCGCCCUGGCCCGUACAUUGCUACGUUAGCAAUUUGUUUAUCAGGACCUCUGAAAAAUAAAAUGGAUACGCGGCUGUCAGAACUUUUUGGAACAUGUUCCGGAUAUAAGUCCAAUAUACAAGGAGGGGGUUCUUGUGUAAACAACGGGAUCGGAAUGGCCUCUAAAAAGACGGUGAAGAAUGGUAAAAAAACGAAGAAUCGUUCUGCGCGACAACUGAAAUCAAGCAAUAAUCCUCCAUACCUACCUCCAGAGGCUGAAGAGGGAAACAUAGAAUAUAAGUUAAAGCUGGUGAAUCCUACACAGUAUCGCUUUGAGCACCUGGCCACACAGAUGAAAUGGCGUCUGCAGGAGGGCAAAGGAGAAGCUGUUUACCAGAUUGGUGUGGAGGACAAUGGCCUGCUAGUGGGGUUAUCGGAAGAUGACAUGAAGGCAUCACUUAAAACGCUCCACAGGAUGGCAGAGAAGGUAGGUGCAGACAUAACAGUCCUUAGAGAGCGCGAAGUGGAUUAUGACUCUGACAUCCCACGUAAAAUAGCAGAAGUCCUCGUUAGAAAAGUACCGGACGAUCAGCAGUUUUUGGACCUGCGUGUUGCAGUACUUGGAAAUGUUGAUUCAGGCAAGUCAACAUUACUGGGUGUGUUAACUCAAGGGGAACUAGACAAUGGCCGUGGAAGGGCACGACUGAACCUUUUUAGACACCUUCAUGAGAUUCAGUCUGGACGAACUUCAAGUAUCAGCUUUGAGAUACUGGGUUUCAAUAGCAAAGGAGAGGUGGUGAAUUACAGUGAGUCACGGACAGCUGAAGAGAUCUGUGAGAGUGCCUCAAAAAUGAUCACCUUCAUUGAUCUUGCUGGGCAUCACAAAUACUUGAAGACCACCAUCUUUGGCCUUACCAGCUACUGCCCAGACUUUGCUAUGCUGGUUGUUAGUGCAAACACUGGCAUUGCUGGCACAACAAGGGAGCACCUGGGAUUGGCCAUGGCACUCAAGGUCCCGAUCUUCAUUGUAGUGAGCAAAGUGGACCUGUGCACUAAAGGAACAGUGGAGCGCACCGUGCGGCAGCUGGAGCGAGUGCUCAAACAGCCUGGGUGCAAUAAGGUGCCCAUGCUGGUGUCCAACUCAGAUGAUGCCGUCACAGCAGCGCAGCAGUUUGCCCAAUGCCCUAGCAUAACGCCCAUUUUCACCUUAUCCAGUGUGUCAGGGGAGAACCUGGACCUGCUGAAGGUUUUCUUUAACAUCCUUCCUCCCCUCAGCAAUAGCAAAGAACAGGAGGAGCUAAUGCAACAGCUUACUGAAUUUCAGGUGGAUGAGAUCUACACUGUACCUGAUGUGGGAACAGUAGUUGGAGGAACCCUCUACAGUGGCAUCUGUAGAGAGGGUGAGCAGCUGGUUGUGGGUCCAACAGAUGAGGGACAGUUCCAGAAGCUGACCGUAUGCAGCAUCCAGAGGAACCGCCUAGCUUGCAGGGUUCUCCGAGCUGGACAAGCCGCCACACUAGCUCUUGGAGACUUUGACCGUUCAUUGCUUCGAAAGGGUAUGGUGAUGGUGAGCCCAGAAAUGAACCCCACAAUCUGCUGGUUGUUUGAAGCAGAGAUUGUUUUGCUAUUUCAUGCAAAAACCUUUCAUAGGGGCUUUCAGGUGACUGUGCACAUAGGCAACGUCCGACAAACAGCCACAGUUGAAGCCUUACAAGGGAAGGAGGACUUGCGCACAGGUGAGAAGGCGGUGGUGCACUUCAGGUUCAUCAAGCACCCAGAAUACCUGAAGGUUGGUGCUAAACUACUUUUCAGAGAGGGAGUCACCAAAGGUAUUGGCCAGGUUACAAGACUACAUCCUGUGAUUUAAGACCAAAAACAACUCAAAGCCAUACCUACCUCAGGUGAUGUUGCUGCGGAAUGAAACAGGUCAACUCACAUCAGAUCAGAAGAACAGAGUGCUGCAAGUCAGAGACUUCCAAUGAUCCUCUUCUGGUUCUCUUUGUUUUUAUCCAAAGUUUUCGUUUUCUUGUCUAUUGUCACAUUGGCCAAGAAAAUGGACCUGUUUAUCUGUUCUUUUUCUCUCUUCUUUCUUAAAAUACCUCAUAUCUAGUUACUAAAAGAACUAAGUUUGCUCCAUUUUGAGGUACUUUUAAAAUCUUACCUUGGUGCUUACAAAGAUCUACUUCUGUUCACCACAAUGAAUUAAGGACAUGCAAGGUUGAUUUGGUGCACAAAGAUUGUAGCCACCUCUGAAGAAUGUUUGGAUUGAUUACACAUACAGUACAGCUGAGUCAUAGGCUACACGAUAUCAGACUUGAAAGGAAACGUAAACAUGCAUUUGAUUAUUUGGAAAAUGCACUAAAAUGAAAAAGAAGAAGCUUUACAAAAUCAAUAUUGAUGACACAGGUUGGUGUGAAAAACAGUCAAUUCCCAUGGCAGCUACCCAUUCCCAUGGCUGAGUUUAAAGAGAGAGAAGACAACCAGGAAGGCACGUCCUGAUCAAUGUUUGUGAGUCCUACCAGUUUUAUUUAUUUUUCAGAACAUAAAAUGCCUGAGUAAAAUACAUGCUCUGUUGUCCCAAAAAGACCUGACAAUCGAUUGUUGAAGGGAUGUCUAUGUCCCUGCGCUAUACUGCUAAGUGGCAGUUUGAAAGACUCAAUGUAGCUGUGGCUUGGAAAUGGAAUGUUUGGCUGAGUGUCGACCAUGGUAAAUGCACAAUUGCUGCUGCACUGCCUUUAUUUUCAUGUCCUGUCUUUCCUCAAAGAGUUUGGGGUCACGCCUGUAUUUAGUUGUGAGGCCUUAUGGAUAUCUUCAAUGCAUACCAUUUUGUUUGCCUUAACUCAAGUGCUUUCCUUGGGAUUUCCUCAGGAUUUUACAGUUCAUUAGGAAACCGAUAAUAGUCUCACACUUUAGUUAAAUAUGUUUAGUGUUUUAUUAGCAUCUAGUAGCUUCACAACACAAUAGUAUCCCUUAAUGCACUGCUUUUUAAUUGAUAAUGAAUAUUGUUUCCAAACCAUCCAUUCAGCAGUUGUCAAGCAUCCCUUUCUAUUUCUUUCUAUGUUUGGAUUUUUUUUGCCAUUUUCAUUUUGAUGAGGUUAAUUCUUGCUGAUAGUUUGUCAAUUACAUGAUAAUGGAGUUUAUUGCAGUGCCUAAGUAAGAAGUUUAGGUUAUAUGUGUUCACUCACAUCUCAAUGUUUUUACACCUCAUUGAAAAACUGACCUGGUGAUGUAAUGUUUUAAUACUAUGCUAAUUAUGGGAGUAAUUUCAUGCUCUCAGAAGCAACCAGGUUUGUAUGAAGUAUAUCAACAAUGGUUUGCUGGUCUAGUUCAUCAGAUUCAAAGCUCUGUUCAUCAUAUUCACUCUGUAGUCAAUCAUGCAUUAUUGUUUGAUGUGGUUCUAGUUCAGUGGGAGAAUAUGUGUUUGCAUGUGUGUAUGUAUUUUUGUGGUGACGGUGUAUUUGAAAACUUUUAAGUCUAGGAAAAAUCUUUACAAGCAUUUAAGACAUAUUUGUACACUUUUAUAAUAACUUCUAGAGUAGGUCUUUGGGAUUGUCAUGGUCCUUUGACCAGUGUGUCACUUUCUAUAGUUUGAAGCUUUUAAACAGUGUACAUUUUUAAUCUACACCUUGGUAAAAUACAAUAUGUAUAUUAUGUUAUGUAUAAAUAAAUAUAAAUCAUAAUGGUG